CUCAAAUCAAUUCCAAAUGGUAUCAAAGAACCCAUUCAAAAUAGAGAGAAAAAAAGUAUAAAAAAUUCUAAUCAAAGUGCUGAACGUGGUAAGCCCGGAAAGGUUUUGGUUUCAAACAAUGGCCGACAUGAAACAAAUCCAGGCUAAUCUAAAAGAAUAUAUAAGCACAUAUCAUGACGAAUACAUAGAAAAUAAAAAUUAUUUGCCAAACUUGGAUGAUGUGGUCAUUGUUGAAACAAACAAGCAUUAUUCGAUUCAACGCGUUAAAGAAGUGUGUGAUGAAAACAAAAUAAUUGUGACUAAAAUUGAGAAUGGACACACGUCGUGGUGUUCAAGCGAUAGGAUUCUUCAACUUAGGGAUGAAUCACUCGCUAACAAAUUUGUCAAGUCGAUUUUAAUGGGCUCCAUAUACGGCAUUUGUCCAGCGGAAUUUGAUGCAGAAACUUCAAGUUUUAAACCGAAUCGAAGCAUGGAAUGGUCGCCAAAAUCUAUCGAAAUUAUUAAAAAUUGCAUCAAAGCGAGUAAAUACGUAUACUUCAACGCGAAAUUUAAACGGAACGCAUGCUAUCAAGGAACAUUAACGUAUGAAAUGGAUAUGCUCAAUACUCUGAUUAACCUCAAAUACGGAAUAUAUUCACUUUAUGAUGAUGACGAUAUUGAGUACGAUACCAAUGAAUUGGAUGAAGCUAUACCAGAUGAUAGUAGUGAUAUCCAACCUAUCAUUGCCACACAUUUGAAACUGGAGCAUCUUGACAUUAAUCACAAUCUGAAUACGACGAAUCAGAUGAAUGGUAGUUUGUCAUCUGAUUCGCUGGAAAAAUCCCCGUCGCAAUCGUUUUGUUCUAGCGACAAAGAAAGCAGUCCUGAAGCUUCAACCAAAUCGAAUGAACAAUUGGACGAUGAACGCAAUUUACUUGUCGACUCCAUUCAAACCGAUUCCACCUUUAAUAUCAAUCAUAAAUUGUCACCUAUUCUGGAACGUAGCAUCGAGGAUGCCGGUGCGUCGGGUGCGUCUGGUCCUUCGAAUGAAUUUAAAAGGGAUAAUCAAUCGGUCUUGUCGGACACAUCAGUUAUCAGUGCCAUACCUUCGUAUUUAUAUGCAGAUAGUGCAACUGAAUCCGAACCCGAACAAUAUGAAUUCCAAUUCUCUGCAAAUAUCGAUAAGCAGCGAUCGAUCGAUGCAGCGAAUGAGUUACGUUUUAAAUUCAUGAAUUUUUUAUUGGAAAAUGCAACGUUGGCACCAGUACAGCAUUAUGUAGACAGCUAUGAGUUUUUAAAUUCACACGAUCGUUCGACGGUGUGCAAGGAAUACAGAGAUAUAUUGGAACAAUUGAACAAAGUAACGGUUCAAAGAAGCAUCUGGCCAUACAUUUUACAAGAUCGAACCACUAUUUUGAUUGGUAAUACAGACUAUUAUCCACAUUUACUGUAUCUACCAGCACUUAUUACAUUGAUCAAGCGGGACGAGCAUAUCAGGACCGAUGGACCGAAAAGUGUGAUUUUCGCUACGAACUGUAAAGAGGCGAAACAAAUCGCCCAGAUUUGUUCGCAUUUUCUUGAAGUAAAUUCAGUUUACACCGAUGCCACCGACCUCUUUCUCGAAUUCAACACAGAAAAAUAUAAAAGAUGCAAAGUAUACGUGUCACUAAUGUAUCGAAUCAAUCAAGCAUUCGACAAGUCCGACCAAAACAGCUAUGAUGUGAUUCCAAAAACAGCUCAACGCAUUGUUUUGAACAACAUUGAAUUGAUACCUUCAGAAAAUCGUCAAAAAAUGGUCGAAGCACUACUUUCACGCAAGAUAAAGAUGAUUGUCACGUCUCGGUACUAUAUUGAAGAGUUGAAGAAAUUAUUCGACAAAAUACCAAGUGCUGUUGUCUCAAUAGAGUCAAAUUUCGAUCUUUACUGCUUUUCUCCGAAAAAUAAACGAUCACGUACAACGGAAAUUAAAUUCUUUCCCAACCAACAAAUAAGAUCCGCAAAGCUCAAAACCAAACUCGUCGAUUUGGACAACAAGAAAGUGGUUGUGUUUUGCUCGAAAAAAUGGGACGCAAUAAAUCUGGCAAAUGUACACGGAUCUGAAAGAAAUAGAUCUACAAAAUUCUUUUGGUCGGAUGAAUAUUUGGAGAAAUAUCCAAAUGGGAAGUCAGUAAAAGAUGCCAAUUUCAUAAUUCACUAUGACUUACCGGACGAUUUUGAAACAUUUUCAAAACGCUAUGCGGUAAUGAGAGCAAAUCUCCACUUUCAGGCCCAGUCGACAGUGGAACUACAGUCAAUCAUCUUCACCAUGGGAACGCCAUCGGAAAACCAGAUGCUGAUGUAUUUGAUUGCACGCAAAUAUGAUUUGAUACUGGCACCACGAUGUGCUGAAAUAGUUGUAGAAAGUGUUCGAAAAGUAAAUGCCAUGGAUCCGUUGUGUAUGGAAAUUGCAAACUCAUUCAAAAACCAUGGCCAUUUGCUGGUAUGUCAAAAUCGACACUGCUUUGAAACCGUGUACAGACCAACUGAAACUGACUACUACAAUUUCAAAACCGUUCAAAUUGAAAUACUUCGAAUUUUGACGCCCGGCUGGUUUUCGGUACGCUUACUCAAAUCCAGAGAUCUAAAAUCGAACGACUGGCAAGAACACUUUGACACUAAACUAUUUGACGGGUUCAAUCGAGCUUUCAAUGAAUUUCAAACAAACAAUUUCACACCGAUUGAACAUGUUUUCGAGAUUAACAUCAAUGAUUUAUACGUUUUUCGAGAUGAUAACGACACAUUUUAUCGCUGUCGCAUUGUGACCGAAAACAUUGACAAGAAUCCAGAAUCGCGAUUGCGUGUUCGGCUUGUCGAUUUUGGAAAAUUUCGCACCGUAAAUUUCUCACAAAUUGGCCAUUUACUGAAUGAGAACCAUGCAACAUUUCCAUCAUACACAAUGAAUUUGUGUCUGUUGAAUUUGAUGCCAUGGAAUGAGCUAUGUUGGGAUGAAGAGGAAACGGCGUAUGUAUCGCAUAUACUUUUGGGCACAAAAGAAACGGACAUUUUCGGUCGAGGACGAAUCUAUGAAGCUAUCAUUCUGCUGGAAUUACAACCGGACUUGAUGUUUUCAUUGGAUCUAUUCAUUCCAACCGGUGGUAAUAUCACACAGCAUGGUAGUUUCGUAAGUUUUCUCGCUCAAAAGGGUAUUGCAUCGAAAAAUACGGCCAAUUUGAAAGAAUUCUUCCAACAUGCAAGCAAACAAAAUGUCAUCAGUACUGGCCAAUUUCGAGAAAUUGAAAAGUUUUUGAGCGAUAAGUAGGAUAAAUUUACAAUGAAAACUAUAUUUGUCUAAUGGCAUCCAAACACGGAAUGUUAGUUUUUUUUUUAAAUCAUAUAUGUGUAUUUGUAAUCGUACCACAAAAUCUCAUCUAUUAGACGAAUGGAGACGAAAAAAAAAUCAUUGAUUACAAUUCAAGCAUUCUUAGUAGUUACUAAAGAAAGAAACCUUAUAAUAACAAAGCAUGCAAUGUAACGAAAGAAAAAAGAACCGAAACAAUCGAAACUAUUCAAUGCAAAACAUCAUGAAUAAGAUGGUGGAAAUUGUGGAAA